UGAAGAAACAUGCUAGCUUUAUUAUAUACCUGGUAGUCAUCAGGAUUCCUACAUACAUGAACCAUACAAGGUUUCAUGGAUGUAUCUAUCUCAACUGAUGUGCUAUCCAUUUUAGGUUUCUUAAUUCUGUAGUCUCUUUGCAAUUCCACUUUGCGCUUAAUAUUCACAUAUGCUAUGAGGUCCAGAUUAAUAUAUGUUAAAGUAUGCAUAUUCUGAACUUGCUUGUAGUCUGAGACAUUAAUCAGAGCUUAUACUCUUAUUUGAUAUACGGUUCAGCCUGAUAUAAUGGCUCUGGGAGUGGCCAUUUUAGCUGCCAUCUGUCCCAAGAAUGAAUCAGGGAGUGUCCCAAAUGGAGAAAAGUCGUCCAAGUUUUCCAUAAAGUCUGGAACAUCAAUGGCUUGUCCACAUGUAACAGGCGCUGAUUCAUUCAUCAAGUCAGUGCAUCGUGGAUGGAUUUGGUUCAUGAUCAAAAUCAGCACUUACGACAACAGAUGGUAUCCGAAGUUGGCUUCCAUAAUAUGGAUGGUUCUUGAACUUUUCAACCUCACUAUAAAUGGCACCUCUCUGUAAGUGACAAUGUAAUACGAAGUUGUUCAUUUGUAUGCCAUGACUUAUUAGGACCUGUCAUUUUUUCUCUUCUGAAAUUGGAGCUACUUUUGUAAAAUGAUAAAAAUACAAAAUUUGUAUUUGAUCCCCACUGUUUAUUUUCAAAAUGGAUGCAUCACAAGUUCACAACUGU